AUGGCUUCAGCUAAGUCUCACAAAGGCAUGAGUAAUGCUGAAUGGCUUGCGCGUCUGGAGAGUUUUGCCCAAACAGGAGUUUGGCCAUCUACGCAGGGGAAUAGACCUUCUCCCCGACAAAAAAGAUGGCAUGAGAUGUAUCAGAAGUGUCAGAGGUAUAAUUCAUGUUCACAGAUAGAAAAGUGCCCACUGCAAAUGAGGGGACAGACCACUCUUCUGAAGGAAGCUCAGACAUGUAUUUGUGGCUUUCACAAGGUUCAUCCACCAGUCACAGGGGAAGCAUCACAGAGCACCCCGGCCCAAAGCACACCCUCUGUCAGUGAUGUGUCAUGUCCUGCAAAGAGACCUAAACUGACAUUGUCAAUGUUUGAAAAGUCAAGGUUUGGAGGCUCACAUGUGGCAGCAGCAAAACCUAAUUUGAGCACCCAGAGGAAAACCUCUCAGAUGUUAGAGCACUCCAGUUCAGCUACAGUUUCAUGUCCACCCUCUGAUCCUCAUCCUCCUCCAUCCCCCAAACCUCAUCAGCCCGUCAUCCAGUCCUCCUCUUCCUUCUUCCUUCCUCCACCUCAGAGUUCACAACGCAUCAAAAAAACAGCAACGCCAUCAACUGUUUCUGAGAAUACUGUUGUGAGGAGCCCACAGGUCUCAUCUCAGCCAGAAGAUCUCCCCCUUCUGUGGCCACAGACAAUGCCACAACAAGACCAGAAGUGGGUGUCAGAAGCACUUUUUUAG